CAAAAUGGCGGAGGGGAGAGCUGGGUCGGUACGACGAUGAGCUGGGCUUGAAAACUGUAUCUUAUAAUUCAAGAAGUACUAUAAUGCAAUUCCUUGUGAACCUAAGCCUGCACACUUUGUAAGAGGACACACGUCGUGUUUUCCCCCCAGUGAUCUCCAGUGCGUGGGGAUGGGUGAUGAUGGACAGCAGAAGUCCUCGCGUGGUGGACUACUUCGUGGUGGCGGGGCUGAUGGACUCGUCCAAGCCGCUGGACGAGGAGAUCCACUUCGACGACGCCUGCCACCAGACGGCCAGGCCCAAGGCGCCCGUCACUGACGUGGCCGUGGUGAUGCGCUCGCUCGGGGAGCAGGUGCCCGCCGGGUACGCCUGCGUGGAGGCCACGCCCUCCGGCCUCUCCGCCGACCUGAACGGGGGCAGCCUCAUGGGACCCCAGACCUACCUGUGUUACAGGAGGGGGCGGGACAAGCCCCCGCUCACUGACCUGGGGGUGCUCUAUGAGUGGAAGGAGCGGCUGAAGCCGGGCUGUGACAUCAUUCAGACCACGCCUUGCGGUCGCCCGGCCAACAUCAGCGGCUCCUCCUCCCAGCGCAUCUACAUCACCUAUCGCCGCGCCCCCAGCAGCCCCUCCCACGCCUUGCUGGCCGUCACGGACAUCUGCGUCAUCAUCCCCGGCAAGGGCGAGGCUCCGCCCCACACCUUCUGCAGGGUGGAGAAGAACCUCAACAGCAGCAUGUGGGGUUCGUCCAUCUACCUCUGCUACAAGAAGUCUGUGGCCAAAACCAACACAAUAGCAUACAAGGCUGGGCUGAUGUGCAGAUACCCGGAGCAGGACUACGAGUCCUUCCCCCUGCCCGAGUCUGUGCCUCUCUUCUGCCUCCCCAUGGGGGCCACCAUCGAGUGCUGGCCCCCCCACACCAAAUACUCCCUCCCUGUCUUCUCCACCUUCGUCCUGACGGGUGCUUCUGGGGAAAAGGUGUAUGGAGCCGCCAUCCAGUUCUAUGAGCCCCACCCCCAGGAGCAUCUCACGGAGAAACAGCGCCUCCUCCUGGGCCUGGUCGACGGGGAGCGCGGAACCGGCGGCCCCAGAACCGUCCACGCCCUCAAGUGCAUCUGCCUCCUCUCUCACUGGCCCUUCUUCGACGCCUUCCGGAAGUUUCUCACCUUCCUCUACCGAUACUCCAUCUCCGGCCCCCAUGCGCUGCCCAUUGAGAAGCACGUGACCCACUUCAUGCACAGGGUGCCCUUCCCCUCCUCCCAGAGGCCUCGCAUCCUGGUGCAGCUUUCUCCUCAUGACAGCCUGAUGCUGAGCCAGCCGGUGUCCUCUCCCCUGCCCCUCAGCGGCGGGCGGUUCUCCGCUCUCCUGCAGAACCUGGGCCCGGAGAACGCCGUCACGCUGCUGGUGUUCGCCGUCACCGAGCACAAGAUCCUGGUGCACUCGCUGCGCCCCGCGGCCCUGACCAGCGUCACCGAGGCCCUGGUGUCGAUGAUCUUCCCUUUCCACUGGCAGUGCCCCUACAUCCCGCUGUGCCCGUUGGCACUCGCAGACGUGCUCAGUGCCCCCUGUCCGUUCAUUGUGGGCGUUGACUCCCGCUACUUUGACCUCUACGACCCCCCGCCAGACGUUAGCUGUGUGGACCUGGACACGAACACCAUCUCCCACAAUGAAGAUAAGAAGGCCCUGACCUGGAGGAUCCUCCCGAAGAAGGCCUGCAAAACCCUGAUGGGCGUCCUGAGCGACCUCCACCAGCAGCUCACCGACGGCCAGCAGAGGCCCCGGGAGGACGGCCUGCUGGAGCCGUCGCUGAGCGAGCAGGACUUCGGCGGGAAGAGCCUGCAGACGCUGGAGCUGGAGAUCCAGGAGGCCUUCCUGCGCUUCAUGGCCGCCGUGCUGAGGGGCUACCGCUCCUUCCUGCGGCCCAUCACCCAGGCGCCCUCCGAGAAGGCCACCGACGCCAGCUCCCUGUUCGACCUGCAAGGGUUUCUGAGGAGCCGGGACCGUUCGCAGCAGAAGUUCUACUCCCUCGUGACCAAGACCCAGAUGUUCAUCCGCUUCAUCGAGGAGUGCUCCUUCGUCAGCGACAAGGACGCCAGCCUGGCCUUCUUCGACGACUGCGUGGAGAAGCUGUUUGGCACUGAGAGCGGUGCGGACAAAGGAGGAAAGGCGGACAGUGAGCGGUCGGAGGAGGCCAGGCUGAUCGAGCUGGACGAGUCCCAUCGCAGCGAGCACACGGUCUUCAUCACCCCCCCGGAGCUGCCCCCGCUCCCUGACGGAGAGGAGUACCCGCUGUGCUACAGCUACAGUGGUUUCCCCGUGUUAAACCCUGAGCUGUUGGACCCCCCCGAAGGACUGCGCACCCCCGCCUCUCACCUGGCCUCCCGCCAUAGCUGCCCCACCAGCCCCGCCCCCAUGUUCCGCCGCACCAAGCAGGAGAUAAAGUCGGCGCACAAGGCGGCCAAGAAGUCGUCGUCCGUCCCCCAGCUGUGGGCCAAGUGCCUGCUGCGGCACUGCUACGGCCUGUGGUUCAUCUGCCUGCCCGCCUACGUGGCGGUGUGCCACUCCAAGGUGCGGGCGCUGCGCACCGCCUACGACGUGCUGCGGAGGAUGCAGGCCAAGAAGCUGCAGGCCCCCGACGAGGUGUGUUACCGGGUCCUGAUGCAGCUGUGCGGGCAGUACGGCCAGCCGGUCCUCGCGGUGAGGGUCCUGUUCGAGAUGAAGAAGGCCGGGGUGCACCCCAACGCCAUCACCUACGGGUACUACAACAAGGCUGUGUUAGAGAGCACCUGGCCCUCCACCACCAGGGGAGGCUACUUCCUGUGGAUGAAGCUGCGGAAUGUGGUCCUGGGCGUGGCCCAGUUCAGACAGGCGCUGAAGCGGCACCAAGCCAAUGCGGCGCAGACCCCUCAGUCAGACGGCAGCGAUCUGGACGGCGGGAGCCACGGCAGCACGGACGGGUCUAACGACGCUCACCCCGGCGACCGCGCCCCCUUCGGCUCCAGCUCAGUCAAAGUAGACCCCGCUGACGAUAGGUCUAGCACAGCCUGCUGUGGGCGUGGCCGCCCGGGCUCGGGAACAUGGCCGCCGCCCUCGCGCCGGCACUGGGCGUGUCCUGAGCACGGAGAACGCUCUCUCCUCUCAGGGGGACAGUCAGAUCUGGGUUAUAACUCCAUGUCCAAAGAGGACGUGCGCAGGGGUGCCUGUGGAGCGCAGGACAGCGCCCCCAACAGGGGGGAGUUCAAGAAAGAGAGCGACUCCAGCUCUCUAUCAGAGACUGAGAGCGCAAAAGGCAGUGGGGACUGCCUGCCUCAACUGGACUUCCCUGAAGUCAGUGACGUGUUCCAGUCCCACGCGGUUAUCGUCCGGAGCAACCGUCCCUACGGCAACCAGGCCAGUGGGUCUGAUGAUGCCAGGGCAGACCAUGUGGCCGGGCUCCUCUUCUCCUCCUCAUUGGAGGAGAUCGGGACGGUACAGGGCGGCAGUUUGCACAGGCAGAGGAGCGGCGCGCAGGAGGGGCGGGGCGCGUCGGACUGGCUGGGGGUCAGAGGUCGCAGCCUGAGCGUGGACCCGGCCGGGGGGCUGGGGGUCCUCGGCCUCGGCAUGACCCAGGCCGAAACGGACCCCGCCCGCGUCGCCGAGAGCCUGGGCGACGACGCCCAGAUCCUCUCCGGAACGUUCUGGAAGGCCCGGCGGCCGGACUCCCUGGCAGUGGGAGGAGGAGAGGGGGCGGCCCGGUCCCGCGCCCGGGACACCGACGCCGCGCGCGAGCGUCGCCGCGACGACCAGCGGGGCGGGCAGGACUCCAGCGACGAGGACAAGGCGGACACUAUCUUCGCCCUGGAGGACCUGGACCUGGACGGGGAGGCGGGAGGCGAGAGCGAGGGCGGGGCUAAGAGGACGGCGGGGGGCGGGGCCAGGAGCGCGGAUGCGGGCGGGGCGGGGCGGGCCGCGGUGCGGGCCGGCUCCGACCCGCUCUCCCUCCUGGCGGCGGAGACGGAGCGGGAGGAGGAGGAGGAGGAGGAGGGGGAGGAGCCGGACGGCGAGGGGGUCCUGACUCCGCGGCGCCACCUGGCGGAGGAGAUCGAGAUGUACAUGAACCACCUGGGCAGCCCUCUCAGCAGCCGAACGCCCAGCAUGGACCUGCAGGACCCCUCCGGCCCCCGAUUGCUCCCCGCGCCCCCCACCUGCUGCCUGCCGCCCCAGAGCUCCCCCCGCCCCGCCGGGGUCCCCCGCUCGCCCGCCUACCGCGGCCACGCCCGCCAGCGCCCCUGCUCCUCCCCGGCCCCGCCGGACUCGCCCGUCCCCUCGCCCUCCUCUUCCUCCUUCGCCCUGGACACCCUGCUCACCCCCACACUGGACGUCUUCAAGAGCAGCGUCUUCUCGGCGGGGAAGGGCGUGGCCGAGAAGGCCAGCCGCUGGUACUCGCGCUUCGCCACCUACGCCUCGCCCACCAAGGACGCGAGCUACGAUCGGAGAAGCGUGGACGACCCAGACUGCUCCUCUCUGCUGGGCGAGGAGUCCAGCCCCGACCCCGGGGACCCCACCUCCCCCCAGCGGAACGGGCCCCGCGGGAGCCCCCGUCUGACUCGCGCAGGGAGCCCCGCCCCGGGCCACUCCCCCAGCCACACGCCGCGCCCCGGAUCCGCCCGUCAGCCCUACCCUCCAGGCUGCACGCUGUCGCCGUCCAGCUUCACCCUGCCGGACCGGUCCGAGCUGGGCUCCUCCCCCCACACCAGCAGCACCAGCAUCUUCAACAGCUACGCAAUGGAGGUGCUGAUCUCCAGCUGCUCUCGCUGUAAGACCUGCGAGUGCCUGGUGUACGACGAGGAGAUCAUGGCCGGCUGGACGGCCGACGACUCCAACCUCAACACCACCUGCCCCUUCUGCGCCAACCCCUUCCUGCCCUUCCUCAACGUGGAGAUCCGCGACCUGCGCGGGCCCGGGAGGCUCUUCCUGAAGAGCAGCCCUUCAGCAGAGGAGGCCCUGUCCUCUUCUUUCUCCGUGUCCACGGGGCUGGGCACGGGUACGUCCACGCUGUCCACCCCCGGUCCCCCCACGGUGAUGUCUCCGCCCUCCCCCAGAAUCACCCUGCAGGAGUGUCCCGUGGGCGACAGCAGCAGUUACGCCCCAGCGCGCUGCAUUGAUAUCCCCAUGGAGCGUCGGCAGGGGGCCCUGUCCCCCGGGUCCCACAUGGUCCGCAGCGUCAGCGCCUUCGGGCCCCUGGAGGAGCCCCUCCGUGCCGGGCUCCCAGCCGUCCCCACCGGCAGCCUGCCCAGCCGGCUGAACGAGGCCGUGGACCUGCUGAACCUGGACUGGCGCCUGCACGACCCGGAGCCGGUGACGGUGCCCUACCUGAGCCCGCUGGUGCUGUGGAAGGAGCUGGAGAGCCUGCUGGAGAACGAGGGCGACCAGGCCAUCGGCGCCCGCGGCAUCGUCGACCACCACCCCAUCGUCUUCUGGAACCUGGUCUGGUACUUCCGCCGGCUGGACCUGCCCAGCAGCCUGCCGGGCCUGGUGCUCACCUCCGACCACUGCAACCGCGGCUCCCAGAUCCCUCGCCACUGGAUGUCUGAGGACAGUAAGCACGUGCUGAUCCAAAUUCUGUGGGACAACCUGAAGCUGCACCAGGACCCGGUGCAGCCCUUCUACAUCCUGUGGAACACGUACAGUCUGAACUACCCAAUAACGCGGCCAGUGCGGGCAGAGGAGGCGGCCUUUGGGGAGGAGCUUCUGCAGGGCGUGGUCAGGAGCAUCCAGAAGAACGAUGUGUACCGCCCCAUGAGCCAGAUACUACAGCUUCUGGCACAGACACUGGGAAUCAGGAGGCAAAGGAGUUUGUACAGGGACAUCCUCUUCCUGUCCUUAGUGGCGCUGGGCAAAGAUAACAUUGACAUCGAUGCUUUUGACCGCGAGUACAGGCUGGCGUAUGACCGCCUGACCCCCAGCCAGGUCAAGCUCACGCGUAACUGUGACCGCCCGCCCAGCGCCGGGGUCAUGGAGUGCCGCAAGACUUUUGGGGAGCCGUACCUGUGACCCCCCCCCCUUCAUGGCCCUGUCCAUUGCUCUCUGCUCCCUGAGAAAUGACACUGCUUCUGACCACGGAAGAGUCUACAGCAUGGGGCAGGAAGUGAGGUAACACACCGAGGGAGGAGCCCGUGAGACGUGUCAGGAAGUGAGGUCACGAUGCGAAUCGCUGUCGCCGACGCUCGUGCGCUGAUGCUCAGUUGGGGUUCUCGAGGACGACCUCGCACCCCACCCACUGCCAACCCCCCCCCCCCCCCCCCCCCCCCCCCCCCCGGAGACAAGGGCCUUUACCGGAAUUUUCCAUGGAGACCCGAAGAGGUCGACGCAGAGAGCGGGGAAAAAGAGUUUCAGUGUUCGGACCGCACUGCCCGCGUCCACACGGAGUUUACACGGCAGUUAAACCAAGGGGCCUACUGGCCAAAUAUGCCUCUUUAAUAGCGGCCUGGCGUAGAUACAAAACACUUUACUAAAAAAAAGCAAAGAGAAGAAAAUAUAUACAUGGUAUUAUGCGCUACGUGGCUUUUCAAAAUCCUGCACAGACUAUGUUGUAUACGAUGCGAAAGCGAUGUACAUACAAUGUUACAAACUUUUGUAAAGCUCCAUUUGUAUUAUACGCUCAUGUACCGAGACUAAUGUUGGCGAUAUUUUUGCUUAAAUAGGAUUCUAUUUAUACAGAUUUUCCAUUAUUUAUUUUGGUAUGUCAAGCUGUCUCCUGUUCCAGAGGAUUCUUUCCCCACAGAUCGCCCGUAGGGAGCGUCUUUUUCAGACAGCCACAUCCGUGACGUUCACAGAGCUGAUGUUCGGAGGCCUGUGUUGCAGAACUCAGCCACAGUCGAAAUUGUGGACUCUCACUCUGACCUUAUACACCACAUUUCUCAAAGGGAAUUCCCCUCAUCAGUUGUGACAUAAAGACCCUCGAGGCAUCAUCCCAGUGUUGUCUGGAGAUCUGUCUUUUGAUUGGCCUUCUCUGACCAGCUUCGUUUAACAUUAGACCUGGGAUCGUAAUGAAAUCAUUGCUGCACGUUGCAUAGAAAACACCUGAGCUGGUCACGCAUUCGCUGGCCGUAUGAAUUUUACUCUGAAACGCACAUGCCCCUCAGAUAGGACCAUAUGCACACUAUAUUUCCAUUAGUGGUUUAGAUUCUACGUAUGUUUAUUGUGUGUUAAAUUGAUCAAAGUCAUUAUAUGUGUUCCGCAUAGCACCAGCAUAUUUACAGGUACAUUUACAAAAUGGGCCUGACUCAAGAAAUUGGUCUUUAUAGCCUACAGCUCAUGAUUGACACUGAACCUCAGUGUUAAUUUGUAUAUUUAUUUGUAUGAGUAUAUACGUCUACAUCAUUUGACCGGUACUCUUGUUUGGGGGACUUCAGAAUGGAAGAACUUGUUUGGGGGACUUCAGAAUUCGCAUGCACGUAUUAGCAGGUAAAAAACUAAAAAUAUCUCCUGUCUCAACAGACACGGGCAGUUAGUGGAGACAGUAGGGGAAGUGCAAUCAGGGUAGGGUUAUGGUUAGAGAAGUUUUCAGGGUAGUGCAGGGUAGGUCUGGAGAGAUGGGUCUUCAGUCCAUAGCAGAAGAUUGCGGGAGACUGUUCUGGCAGCAGUGGGGAGGUCUAAGACAGAACAGAGUGCAGACCAUGAGUAACUGGUGGAUCAGCACAAAGGUGGGGUUGUGAAGCAGCCUGUGAUGGUAGAGACAGGGUGUAGGGCUCGUAGGGUGCAGGGCUUUUAGAGUGUAGGGCGUAGGGCUUGUCGGGUUUAGGACUUGUAGUGUGUAGUGCUUGCAGAGUGUAGGGCUUGUAGGGGGUAGGGCUUGUGGAGAGUAGGGCUUGUAGUGUGUAGGGCUUGUAGAGAGUAGGGCUUGUAGUGUGUAGUGCUUGCGGAGUGUAGGGUUUGUAGUGUGUAAGGCUCGUAGGGUGUAGGGCAUCCUUCCUGGACGUAGGAAGGGACAGAUCUGUUUGUAGCCCUGUAGGUCUGCACUUGUCUUGGGUCUGAUGAGAGCUGCAACAGGGAGUCAGUGGAGUCCAAGCAGUAGAGCUGUCAUUUGAACACCAGGGGAGGGUAAACACCAGUCAAACUGAAGCAUUUGGGAUGGUACUUAUACCCAGUAAUAAAAAUAAACACGCACACACAUACAGUGAGUGUGAGAUUAUUAAGUCUCCUUCAACCUAUACAUACACAGCUGACACAGCUGCUAUAGAUUAAGUGUAGGUAGGUAGGUAAUCCACAGUUUAGGUAAUCCACUGAUAAGUCGAAGUGAUGUAAUGGGUCUAAGAGCCAAUCACAUCACUCGUCCCACAUUGGCAAGGGGAGCCCACAGAUGUGGGGUAAAUUUUCCUGGUCCUUAAUGUGACUUGAAGUUCGGACAUUCACAAUCGAACAGACAAUACCUUCCCAUGAAAUUGUGUUCAAAUAAGCUUAGCUUGUUUAAAUGUGUUUUUAACAUAUGCCGUUCAAAACUAUAAUUUUCUGUUUUUAUUGCGUUGCGUUCCUUUGUUUUAUCGGAGGAAACACUUUUGCACACGUACAUGUGCAGCGUGUAAAUUUAUAAAACCAAAAAAUGCACAAUCCAAAAAUGUACAGUAAAUGGUGUGACGUGAGUAUUUGCAACUGGACCGAUGGUCAGUAAUUAUUCUGAACUGUGCAGAAUACAGAAUGCACUCAAACAUUCAUUUUGUAGCUUGAUGACGUGUUGUAGAAGAGUUUACUGUAUGUCAGUUUACUGUAUGUGAGUGUAGGUUAUAUUGAAGUCCUAUGUCAUACUGCUCCAUGCUAUGAGAAACACCCCUUAGAGGUCACAAGGCUUGAAGCAGGCCUUUUCCGUCCUAAGAACAGAAAUCCACAGAACCAAACACCACAAGCCCUCCCAACUAUCUGGACAGUAAGCCUCAGAUUCUUAACACUGAAGCUGAAAUAUUCUGAUUUGCGUCCUUUAUAAUCAGAAACGAACAGGGCAGAUUGAUGGGCUGCAGUGACUCUUUUUGCCAGGGCUGAUGUUAACGAUAGCUUUGAAGCGACCAAUGACAUGCCUCCGUCCCCUAACCCCGCCCCCGUGUCCGAACAGUGCCAAAGCUACAAACUAAGAACUGAGAACUAAGGGGGAAAAAUUUGAAUGGAAGGAGAAAAUUUUUUGGAAAACAAUGUAGUUGGUCAAAAACAUGAUGGCUUGAAAACAUUAACUGAAUGCUUUCACAUUUUGAAUCUUUCAUUUACAGUGAAGUUUUUUUAUUCUUUCAUCUUAACACCUUUUUUUUUUUUUGCUUGUUUUGAAAUAUUACACCAAAAAACCAGCAAAAUUAAAAACUUGAUCUUGGGGAAAGCAUCUGUUUGGAAAAGAAAGCUACAUCUAAACUCAUGAAGAUUUGAGUUUAUUUGCAGCACAUUAGACUGUUUCUGCCAUUAUCCAGUUUUGUUUCUGUGAAAAUGUAGUUUAACAUUUUUGGGACAUGCCUCAGUAUUGACAAUCCCUUGUAUGUUGCAUAUUCAGAGUGAAGCUCACCUGAUAUCCCAGUGAAUGAGUGAUGUCACAGAGUGCUUGUGUAAUGGCCGGCAGAGGGCCACUCUUGAGAGUUGUCCAAUGACAGCUGGUCAAAUGGUUGAUGGACAGCGGAGGUCACCCAACCACGACCUCUCUGUAGUACUAUGCAAUUGCAGUUGUCCAAGAGGUAUCGCCAAUUGAAUGUGAAGUGUUUGUUAAUAUCUUUGAAACUUGAAGCCUUUUUUCCGACCCACUUGGAAAGAUAGCAUUGUCUAUGGACCCAGUCUACUGAGAGGUGUUCUUAGCCUUUCAGUCUAUAUAUAUCAAAAACAAACAAAAAAAAAAAAGAAAAAAAAAAGAUUGAUGUAAGAUGCGUCAGCCUGCUGCUGUUUAAAACAUCGCUGUGUUCACCGAGCUGUGCACAGACGAGUCUGGAGAACAGGCGACGAUAACAAAUCUCUGGAUCUGUAUGGUCAUCUUUUUAAACUGUAAAUAAAGUCAUUCAUACGAAGGG